AGAAGAAGAAGACGGAGGCAUGUGAGGAACACGGAGAAGGCAUAAAAACAGACUAAAGGUGGAUUGUACACUACAGCAAAGAACACAAGCAGGAAUUUAUUUUACCAGAUCAAAUCCAUGCAUACUGACAGUGGAAUCUGUACAGACAAGUGAAAGGAUUAGAAGAUGGACAUGUUCACAAGUAACUGUCUCUGUUGUGGGAGUCUCUCUGGCAAGAAUCUCAUUCAUACCCAUGGUGGACUGUUUUAAAGGGCACAGUAAUCUCAGAGAUGAAUAGGUGCUGAGUGGCACUUUUCCUUCACAGCUCUUGUUCUUGUGCAUGAUUAUUUCUCUCUCUGUGCAGCUGUUCUGCAUCUUAUGUAUAUUAGGGUAAGCGGUUUUGGCCGGUGUCACACCUGCUGGCUGAACUGACUGAUGUAACGAAAUUGUAGGGCGCUGGAGAAAUAUUGUAAGAGAGAAAUCAAAGAAGGUAUGUGCGCCAGACGGCGGAUUCACUUUAGCUGCGUGUGAAAAUGCAUAGCUUUGGAAUAGACUCUUCAUCUGUCUCCCCAGCCAUUGGGAGCCCACAUCCUCUCUUCAUCCGUCGAGUGGAUUGGAAUCUAGCCAUGUGGGUUUGAGUGGAGUUUUUGUUCGUUUAUACCGUCAGUGGGCUGCUACUGCCUGGGUGUCUGCAGCUGCAGACUCUUUCUAGAUCCGCUCUCAUUGUGGGCAGCAUUUUUAGCCCUGUCUUUUUUAUUCUCCUUUCCAUGUGUCUUUGUAACUAGUUUGGGACUGCCAAACAAUUUCCUGGAAGGACCUUGAUAAUUGUCUUGGUUCAUGAGAGUGGUCACUCAGGCCAUAAUUAAACUUAAUUCAUCAGUUGGGAAAGAAAAUUAAUGAAGAAUUAAGUCAUUGAAUUGCGAGGAAGUCUAAACAAUACAUUUUUCUCUUUUUUUCUAUUGAGAGGAGUGGUGCUGAUCUCAUGGAUGGAUGUGUGUUUUGGGCACUAAUACUGCCACUUAAGUAAUGCUUGACAGAAGAAGCACUGCAAUAUCCUCAGUAUUGUUCUAUUUUAUGUUCCAUCAUCCACCAGGCUACACUUUUCAUCAUUAAAUGGCCACAGGUUCUGCAGAGGCUGUGGUUUCCAUAGAAAUCAGUCCUUAUGGGAAUCCCAGGAUAGGAAGAGCAAAGGAAGCCUUUAUGGAGCCUUUCUAUCAGUUCUUGUUUAGAGGAGCUCAGAACCCAAUGUGUGUGUGUAUCCUGGGCUGAAUAGAUAAAUGAGACGAGGGACGUUGUCGGUCUUGGGGCCAAAUGCUCCAUUUGCCUGACCAAGUGAGAGAGCGAGAGAUGCUGUUGCAAAGGCGCUAGUCAGAACUGCUUCCCAGGAGCAGCAAGCUAGAUCUAAAAGAAAACGGCACAGGACCAGGACCUGACGUGCUGCUUUGUACCAGGUACUCAGGACCAGGACCUGAAGUGCUGCUUUGUACCAGGUACUCAGGACCAGGACCUGAACUGCUGCUUUGUACUGUGGAGGUACACAGUUCCUUUAUUAUUAUUUUUCUUUUGGAAGAUCCACAAGCCUUGACAGGACCGCAUUUUCUACAUCAAAAAAGGUUAUGUUGCAGAAGAUUUCUUCAAAAUGGAGAUUAUGUGCACCGAAUAGCAGUGGAAAGCCUGUAUUGAGAUUUGUCAUAGCGUGUGGCAUAAAGAAUACUAAAGAGAGUUUUCUUGCUACUUAGUUGUCUGUGUCUUGAAGGACAAUCACCUUUGUGUAAUGUUGACUGCAAAUAUGAUGACCGCAAUGUGGAUAAAGCUAUUUCUUGGAACUGUACACUCAAACUGAUCAGCCACUUGUUUUCUGGGAACUGAACAAAUAUUGAUUUAUAGACUGUGUUAACUCUGCACUCUCCUCAUAUCCACUUCUGCCUGCUGGUUUGCCCUUACCCAGAGACUUGGGUCGUGGACUCCUGCUCUUUUUGCAGGGUUGUCAAACAGCAUAACUGAAGUUGGCUUGUAGAAGACACAUAUAAUGGAUGACUCGAGCAUACUAAGACGGAGGGGUCUCCAGAAGGAGCUAAGUCUUCCCCGAAGAGGCAGCUUUUGUCGCACCAGCAACAGGAAGAGCCUGAUAGUGACAUCCAGCACGUCUCCAACACUGCCCAGACCUCACUCACCACUACACGGACAUCCUGGCAGCAGCCCGCUGGACAGCCCUCGCAAUUUCUCCCCCAACACUGCAGCCCAUUUCUCCUUUGGGCCCGCCCGCAGUCACGGGCACAGGGCUGACAGGACGGAUGGCCGACGCUGGUCUCUUGCCUCACUGCCCUCUUCAGGGUAUGGAACCAACACACCUAGCUCAACCGUCUCGUCAUCAUGUUCAUCCCAGGAGAAGCUGCACCAGCUGCCCUUCCAGCCGACUGCCGAUGAGCUGCACUUCCUCACCAAGCACUUCAGCUCAGAGAGCAUAACUGAUGAGGAAGGCAGGAGAUCACCAGCCAUGCGGCCUCGCUCCCGCAGCCUCAGUCCUGGCCGCUCUCCCAUAUCCUUUGACCAUGAGAUUGUCAUGAUGAACCAUGUCUACAAAGAGCGUUUCCCAAAGGCCACAGCUCAGAUGGAGGAGCGUCUGGCUGAGUUCAUGUCCUCGUCAGCGCCAGAGAAAGUCAUGCCACUUGCCGACGGGGUCUUGAGCUUCAUCCACCACCAAGUGAUUGAGCUGUCCCGAGACUGCCUGGACAAGUCACGUGAAGGCCUCAUCACCUCCCGCUACUUCUACGAGCUCCAGGAGAACCUGGAGAAACUGUUACAGGAUGCCCAUGAGCGCUCGGAGAGUAUGGAGGUGACCUUCGUCACCCAACUCGUGAAGAAGCUGAUGAUCAUUAUUGCUCGACCUGCCCGGCUGCUGGAGUGUCUGGAGUUUGAUCCAGAGGAGUUCUACCACCUGCUUGAAGCUGCUGAGGGUCAUGCUAAGGAAGGCCAGGGCAUCAAAUCAGACAUUCCCCGCUAUAUUAUCAGCCAGCUGGGGCUCACUCGAGACCCCCUUGAGGAAAUGGCCCAGCUGAGCAGCUAUGACAGUGGAAACUCAGAAACACCUGAGACCGAGGACUCCUCAGAGAGUCGAGGUGCAGCAGUACAACCACCUCAGCCCCAGGCCAAGACCAAAACUCCAAGAGAAGAGGACUUUGAGACCAUCAAGCUCAUCAGUAAUGGAGCUUACGGUGCUGUGUUUUUGGUGAGGCACAAGGAGACGCGUCAACGUUUCGCCAUGAAGAAGAUCAACAAGCAGAACUUGAUCCUGAGGAACCAGGUCCAGCAGGCCUUUGUGGAGAGAGACAUCCUCACCUUCGCUGAAAACCCUUUCGUUGUCAGCAUGUUCUGCUCCUUCGAGACGCGCAGACAUCUCUGUAUGGUCAUGGAGUAUGUGGAGGGUGGGGAUUGUGCCACCCUGCUGAAGCACAUUGGAGCUUUGCCUGUAGAUAUGGCACGCAUGUACUUUGCUGAGACUGUGCUGGCGCUCGAAUACCUGCACAACUAUGGCAUUGUGCACAGAGACCUCAAACCUGACAAUCUUCUAAUCACAUCUAUGGGACACAUCAAAUUAACAGACUUUGGCCUAUCUAAGAUUGGCCUCAUGAGUCUCACAACUAACUUGUAUGAAGGCCACAUUGAGAAGGAUGCACGCGAGUUUCUAGACAAACAGGUGUGUGGAACCCCUGAGUACAUUGCCCCAGAGGUGAUCCUCAGGCAGGGUUACGGGAAGCCUGUGGACUGGUGGGCCAUGGGAGUUAUCCUGUAUGAAUUCUUAGUAGGCUGUGCCCCUUUCUUCGGAGACACCCCCGAGGAACUGUUUGGUCAAGUCAUCAGUGAUGAAAUAAUAUGGCCUGAGGAAGAUGAUGCUUUGCCUCCCGAUGCCCAGGAUCUCAUCUCCAAACUGCUCCGACAAAACCCACUGGAGCGGCUGGGAACAGGGAGUGCAUUUGAAGUAAAGCAGCACAGGUUUUUCACUGAUCUGAACUGGAACAGUCUGCUGAGGCAGAAAGCUGAGUUUAUCCCUCAGCUGGAGUCUGAGGACGAUACCAGCUACUUUGACACUCGCUUGGAUAGGUAUCACCAUGUGGAUUCUGAAGAAGAGGACGACACAAAUGAUGAAGAGCAUGUGGAAAUCCGCCAGUUCUCCUCCUGUUCCCCACGAUUCAGCAAGGUGUACAGCAGCAUGGAGCGCCUGUCUUUGCAUGAGGAGAAGCGCACCCCUCCCCCCACUAAGCGCAGUCUAAGCGAGGAGGGUGCUGAGCGUGUCGACAGCCUCAGUGGGCUUAAAGCGCGGGACCGCACCUGGCUGGUGGGCUCUCCUGAGAUCCUGCGCAAACGUCUGUCCGUGUCAGAGUCUUCGCACACAGAGAGCGACUCCAGCCCUCCCCUGACGGUGAGGCGACGCUGCUGCUCAGCCAUCAUCGAGAUGCCACGCUUUGCUGUUUCCAGCGAGGAGGAGGGGGUCAGGAAGACAGCAGUCAGGGGUCCACGGGCUGAUGAGCUCCCCUCUGCCAUUCCUGAGCUCCCCGUAGAGAGGGAACUCAAGCUGAAUGAGUCUCCCACCACGCCGGGCUCCACAUGCAGCCGCACCAGCCGAGCCACGCUCACACCUGGUAGUUCUGGUGACGUAGGGGAACGAGGCUCUCCUCGCUGCGCUGGCGCUGAGGGAAGUGACAACUCCACUCCCAGAGCCAUCAGUGACCUGGCUGUCCGCAGGGCUCGCCACAGACUGCUGUCAGGAGAUGCGGAGAAACAUGCCUCACGACCCGUCAACAAGGUCAUCAAAUCGGCCUCGGCCACCACCCUCUCUCUCAUGAUCCCUGCAGACCACCAUGGCGCAUCUCCUCUGGCCAGCCCGAUGUCUCCACACUCCCUCUCCUCCAACCCAUCAUCCCGGGACUCGUCCCCCAGCCGAGACCUCUCCCCUGCCGUCUGCAGCGUCAAGCCCGCCAUUGUCAUCCACCGGGCGGGCAAGAAGUACGGCUUCACCCUGCGCGCCAUCCGUGUCUAUAUGGGAGACACAGACAUCUACACUGUACAUCACAUGGUCUGGCAUGUGGAAGAGGGAGGACCAGCUCAUGAGGCAGGUCUGAGAGAGGGAGAUCUCAUCACACACGUUAAUGGCGAGCCUGUCCACGGGCUUGUACACACUGAGGUCGUGGAACUUGUUCUCAAGAGUGGUAAUAAGGUGUCUAUUUCUGCCACCCCCUUUGAGAACACAUCUAUUAAGGUUGGUCCUGCUCGCAGAACCAGCAGCAAGUCCAAAAUGGCCCGGCGCAACAAAAGGACCAAGAGCAAAGAGGGCCAGGACAGCAAGAAGAGGAACUCCCUCUUUCGCAAGAUUACCAAGCAGGCAUCUCUCCUGCACACCAGUCGCAGUCUGUCGUCUCUGAACCGCUCGGUUUCGUCGGGUGAAAGCGUGCCUGGCUCCCCCACACACAUGUCCCCCCGGUCCCCGACGCAGGGCUACCGCUCCACACCAGACUCCACCCACUCUGUUGGUGGAAACUCCUCUCAGAGCAGCUCCCCCAGCUCCAGCGUGCCCAACUCUCCUGCAAGCUCCGGCCAGAUCCGGCCUAGCUCCCUGCACGGCCUGGCCCCCAAGCUGCAGCGGCAGUACCGCUCUCCACGCCGCAAGUCCGCCGGCAACAUUCCCCUCUCGCCUCUGGCCCGAACGCCCUCCCCGACACCUCAGAGCUCCUCUCCCCAGCGCUCGCCCUCGCCCCUGCCCAGCCACGCCCUUGGCCAGUCCUUCCCCGUCAAGCUCCACUCCUCGCCCCCCCUGGUGCGGCAGAUCGCCCGCCCAAAGAGCGCCGACCCCCCUCGCUCCCCUCUCCUGAAGCGCGUGCAGUCGGCUGAGAAGCUGGCGGCCUCUCUCUCCAGCUCCUCCUCCUCCCCCUCUCCAUCAGCAGUGGGGGAAAAGAAGCUCCCAGUGGGAGCCAGUCGCAAGCACAGCCUAGACAUCUCGCACUCAGAGUUCAAGAAAGAAAUGCUCCAGCGGGACCCCAGCCUGCAGAGCUUGCAGGAGUCUGCCAGUGAGACUCUGCUGGGGGGAAGGGUGUCCCCAGCGGAAAAGGGUAGCCUGCAGAAGCACUCAGCACGGAAGCUGAGCCGUCAGGAGGGCCCCGACUCCGGGACCGGGUCCCUGGGCCUCGCCCCUGGCAAGAGCAAGCUGAAGGACAAAUUGUCUGCAAUCCGGCAGGACCGUGCCGAACGCCGCGAGUCUCUGCAGAAGCAGGACGCCAUCCACGAAGUGGAUUCGUCUGAGGAUGAGACUGACGAAGGCUCGGAAGACAGCCAGGAUGGACGCCGGUCAACCUUUAUCCCUCCCAGCCAUGUGCUUCGCCCCACGACUGUGAUGGGAUCUCCCCAUGCUAUCAGGUUGGGGUCUGCUGCUUUACCCGCUCUGUCUCUCAGCCCUUCCACAACACCUCACCCAGGCUCUCCACAGCUCAGCCAACGCCUUGGCCAGGAGGGCCAAAGCCAGACUCAAGCCACAUUACUGCCGCUGCCGCAGGCCGAAGCCAAAGCCCCAGAGCAGAAACCCUCGCAGUCCCCUGUGUCUACUCGCACUGCUGCCGCUACCUCAGUACUGGCAGAGGAGUCCAGCCAGCGAGAAGAAAGGAGUCAGGAUUCUCCGUCCAGUAGUAAAAUUUGUGCUCCUCAACACAGCCCUCUGACUAGCACUUUUUCCACUCCAGGCAGUGCGUUUACCACUGUAAGCAAGGACCUCUUUCUCAAACCCACAGCGCCCUCUCUAGACCGGAAAACCUUCAAAUCCACUGAGUCGAAGGCCAAAGUGAAUUGUAGGCAGGAGGCCAGCAUAGCACCAGCCUUGGCCAGGGAACCCUCAGCACCCACAACCCCAAGUGGAGGCAUCACCAAGGAGAUGAAGGAGGCAGACAACCGGAGACAAGCUGCAGCCGCUGCCGCGUCUUCUGUUCCUGCAGCCACUGAGAGUGGCGUGGACAGAGUGGUUUCCCAGCUGGCCACAGUAGCCAAGAGCAUGCUGGGACCAGUAAAGCUUAAUAUACCAGUGACCAAAGAAACUCAUGAGAGGAGCAGGGAGAUAAGGCCCCAGGCAGACGCCAUGGACCCCAAAAGCAAAGAGCCUCGCUUGGACCUUUCCGAUCCUACUAAUACAACACUUGCUUCUUCUGCUUCUGCCUCCCACACAGGGCAACUGGCUGAAUCGCCCCCUGGACAGCCAACUCCCAAAUCUGAGCUGGCCUGCACUUCCCAAAGGCCCAUGGAGGUCCCAGGAGCUACAAAAAGGCCCUCUACCCCGAAAGACUGCUUCCAAACCACAGAAGAGCCCCAGGAUAGGCCAAGCACUCUACCAGGCAGUUCUCAGAGCCAGGCCAAACCAAGCUCUUCCCUACCACAGGACAAAUCCGGCAAAAAGACGUAGCAACCUUGCACAGAAAAAAAAAAAGAUAUUACAACUGACAAAACUUGCAUGUUUUAAAAACUAAAACCGUAGAUACUCUUAGUAUACACACUAACCAUUACCGUGAAGCAAACAAAAAACAGAUUCAACAGUUUUGUUCUGGAUUGUUUUGUACUGUGCGACUGACACAUUAACUUGGCCUUUGUAUUGCUUUUAUUUUUUCCAUUUAUUAUUUUCUCGAAUUUUUAAAAAAAUCUAAUUCACUUUUUGUUUGACAAAAAAAUACAUAUUUGGGGCUAGAAAUAAAGAGUGAAUGACCAAAAUCAGCCUGCUGCAUCUGAUUGCUCUCCAUUACUAGACUGGGCUUUCUGCUUCUUGUUUCUUUUACAUCUAGUUGUGCCUUAAUACACACUUCGGAGGUUUGUGUAAGUCCCUCUGCCAUUUAUUCAUAGAGGGUUAAGAUGUAUCUCAGCAAUAAAAGUAGCGUAUGCUUAGCAAUUUGUACAAACACGUCAACCUAAUGUUGUAGCACCCCAAUGUAGUAGAUUUGAAAAUCAGAUUACUUUUUUUUUUUUUUUUUUUUUUUUUUUUUUUUUUUAUAAUUAGCCUGCCCUAAACACACGACAGUUUUCAAUUUCUAGGUACCAUAACACUUGCAUGUCUGAUUUUUGAUGAGUCUGGGACAAACCCAAACUUGAUAACGUAUGUUAUAUGGUAGAAUAGCGGACAAAAAAAUUUCUUAUGCCCUGUAAUUUCACUUAGCUGAUCCCAAAAGAAGUUAGUCAACUGUAUGUUUAAAUCUGUAGUUUUCUAAAGUCACAAUAAAACAAUGAAUUUUAUAUGUACUGAAGAAUUAACUUUGCAUUUUUUUUAUUUUGAGUUUUUCUCAAACAGAAUUGACUAGUUUUAGAUUACCAUACCAAUCUGUGGAAAUUUACUUAGCAUUUGCGUCAGACUACAUCUGUUAUUAAUAGCUGAAUAGCUAAACAGUUGUAUGCUUGACACUCAUGUAAUGAAGUGUUGUUAUUGGCAACUGCUGUUUACCAGCUGACCUUAAUGCCUGUAUGCACUCUUUCAAGGCAUUCAGACUACUUAAAACGCUUUUGUAAAGCAUGCUCUGAAUUGGGAAUGUUUUUAAUUCUUUUAUUUCUAGCCCCUUCUUUUUUCCCAUUUUUCUUUUCAUUUACUGAAAUGUUCUUAUUUUUAAUAUCUGGACCAACUUGCUGUGUUUUUUUUUUUUUUUUCUGUAUAUUUGCCACUAAUCUUUUAAGGUUAAAAGACUUGUAAUUGCUUGUGUAUGAGCGACUGCGUGCGUGCUUGUGUGCAUAUGUUUGCGUGUUUGCGCUCAUUUAAAUGAAUAUUUAAAGUUGUCAGUUUUAUCCCCACUGGUAUUGGGAGUGUGUCUUAGAUUAGUCUCCUGUCUUUGCCAUGUCAGCCCUGUCUAAUUCAGCCAUUUGUCAAAAGCUGGCGAAGAUGUAUUUGCACAAUCCCUUUUUACUGUGUCAUAUGAAUAUGAAACCUAAUAAAAUAUAGUUCAAUCAGAUCCAGGGCUUUGUGGGGUCCUGAGGGGUUUGACUAAUCGCUUAACCCCUCGUUACUUUUUGUCAUGCUAUGUUGCUACUGUACAUUGAUGUGUUCACACCAUUUUGAAUUUGGAAAAAAAUUGCGUGAACGUGAUGCCUGUGAAAAAUAUAGCUCUUUGAUAUUUCCCAUAAUUGUAUUCAGGUUUUAACUCAGAGUGUGCUGUCUUAGACUCUUUAACAGCAUAUUGCUUUCAUUUAUUGCCUUUUUUACUGCCUUCUAAUAAUCCUUAUUGGUCAAUGAAGACUCCUAGAUGUUCAAGUUUUAAACAUAGUUCAGAAAUUACAAUAUUUCAGGUGAUUUAUGAAUAUCAAUUCAGAGAGAAUCUGAUGAUCUAGACCAAGUCAGUCCUGGAAGUAACACACUUCAGUGAAUCCUAUAACCCUAUAGCCUUUAUAUAUUUUGUCCAGCAGUCUCAUUGAUAUUCUUUGUGGUGUGAUUUAUGAGGAGUCUCGUUCUGAUAUGUACAGUUAAGAGAUCCGCUGAUAAAUGUUCAAUCCAUAAGAAAUGUGAAUGGAUGUCUUGCACACUUUAACAUUUGAAAAUCUAUAAGGAAUGGAAAGCUGUUGAUGGCUUUAUGAGCCUGAUGCUUGAUUCCUGGCCUAGCAAAGCCCAGUUCAUUGCCUCAAACACAGUUCAAUUUAGGCACCGAGCUAGUGCUAAGACUUAGAUUUUCUGUGUGAUUCACAUUUGAUUGUAUUCUUUUUGCAGAGAGGGCAUUUUUUUGUAUGUAUAGAUAGAUCCGAGCUGCGUGAGGAUAUGUUGUUUUGGAGAACACUUGUACCUAAGAUUAUGUACCUAAGUGGCUCUCUUAACUCCACAGCUUAGUAAAAUGUGAAAACAGCACCAAAUACUGUAAUCUUCAGUCCCCUCCAGAGGCUCAUUAAAAAACAAACAUACAAAAAAAAAAAAACCUUUCACCUCUUGAGAGUGCCUAGAUUAAACAGUUUUAAAGCUCAUU